GUAUGGGAUAAGAUCUUUCCAGAGUAAUAAGCAUGGUCCGAGAACGAAAAUGCAUAUUGUGUCACAUUGUGUACAGCUCAAAAAAGGAGAUGGAAGAACACAUGAGAAGUAUGCUUCACCACAGAGAACUUGAAAACCUGAAGGGAAGGGACAGCAACCAUGAGUGCCAGGUGUGCAGGGUGACAUUGGUGGGCUUGUCAGCAUAUGCCAAACACAUCUCCAGCCAGCUGCACAAAGACAAUGUUGAUGCCCAUGAUAGAGAAGAGGAAGAGAAAGAAGAGGCAGAAGAAGAAUACCUUGACAAAGAACUCAUUCAACUAAUCAAGCAAAGGAAGGAACGGAACCGGCAAACUGAACCAUGCUGUGCAAACCAAGAAUUAGAAUGUGAUGAUAGGAGAUCACAGAGAAGGCGAGAAGAAAGAGCUGCUUACAAAGAGAGAGAAGCUUAUGAUCAGUCAUCGUGGCAUCAUCAUAAUCCAUCACAGAGGGACUGGAAAUGGGAAAAGGAUGAUUAUGUUAGUCCUAGGCAAGGCAAAUUUUCACACUCUCUGAGGAACCUUAAUAUAAACAGACAUCCAGGUGGCCCGAGGGGACGCUCUGGGUGGCACCAAAAUGUUUCAGGAAACCCUUCAAAUCGGCAUAACUAUGGGAAUUCUGGAAAUGCUUGGCAUCCAAGUGGGCGAGGAGGAGGAACAUCAAAUUGGCAUCAUGGUGCCAGGGGGAGAAAUCCUACUUGGCACUCCGAAGGAACAGGUAAUUUUUCUAGCUGGAAUUCUAAGAAUUAUGGAGGAAACUGGAAAUCUAGUCCUCAUUGUGCAAACGGCUGGGAUUUCAGAAGCGCAGGAGAUGGAUAUUCAUUAGACCCAAUUAAAUAUAAUAAGGAAAGGUAUACAUGGCAGUGGCAGGAGAAGGACACCAUUGAUACUGUGCCAUAUAGAGAUCGAAAUAAUAGGCGUGAGUCACUUGAUUUUACUAGUGAUAAACUUCCUCCUGAGGGGGCCCUGGAUUUUGGUACUUCCAAGCAACCAGAUAACAAAGCCUCAAGAACCAGUGGAAAAAGUGGCAGUCCUUCCAGAGAUAAAAUGUAUCGCUGGACUCCUUACCCAUCCCAGAAAGCUGCAGAGCAGCAAUCAUGGUCUGAAGAUAACGUUUCUAAAACUCCAGAGAAAACAGAUUCUGUAUUUACGCCUCUUACUGAUUCAUCAAUGAAAGUGAAAACUAGUGAAUCCAAUGCAGGCCUCGCAAAACUUAAGAAACGGGAAGUACCUUCCCACACUAAUGUAAUCCCAGAUUACCUUGAUUCUUGCAAGGUAAUGACAGACUGUUCUAGUGGUGAAAAGCCUGACAAAGAUGAUGGCAGAAGUAGUAGGAUGCCAUCACUGAAAUCCCCUCUCCUUAAUAUCACAGACAUGAAGUCUUCUUCCCAAAAGCAGGACACACAGAAUCUCUUAAAAAAUGUCAAGCUUCUGUUAUCCUCGACUAGUGGUGAACAGCAGAAUCAUUUGAAUGCACUGAACUUGGAAACUAAGAGUUUCCCCUCUUAUGCAUCGAAGCCGCACAGUGCGUGUGCAGGUAACUUACAAGGCAACAGAGAUGUGCUUGGCAGCAGUCUUGGAGAACCUGUUAAUAACCUAAGUGAAGCACAGCAAAAACACGAAGAACUUCAAUGCAGCCGCUCCUUACAAAAUCCUCACUUAAGCUCUUGCAAGGAUACGAGUGAUCAGAAUAUGGAAGAAGCUGGGAAAGUCUCUCCGAAGAGCAAGUUCAGACUAGAUUCAUUAGAGGAUGUGAGUGAUGAUGAACUAACAGGGAGUGACAAAUCUGAAGCAAGAGUUGAAAAGUUGAGUUCUUCUGUUAGUUCUUGUUUACCCUGUGACACUCCAGAAGGUAAACCUGCUGCCUCUGAAAGGGAAGAUGAUGAAAAAAGCGCUGUUUCAGCUAUCUCUUCUGCUGAUAAAAAAGAUUCAGUGUUUCAGAUGGAAUCCACAUCAUCUCCGAGCAGUCAGGACCAUUUGCAGGUGGACUUGAAAACUACGCAGGAAGGAGAAGGUGAUGAAGAGCAUGUGAAGUCACGUGAUCACUUUGAAAUGGAAGGUUUUGAAAAUCCUUCAGAUCAUGAGCUGCAGAAGGGAGGAAGCCAGUCAUUAGGCCUCCUUCUUCCUGAUUUAAGCAAACUUGGCCUCCCUGCCUCUCUGCAAAGAGACCUGACACGACAUAUUAGUCUGAAGAGCAAAGCUGGGACACAUCUUCCAGAGCCCAAUCUCAAUAAUGCACGGCGAAUUCGGAACGUUAGUGGCCAUCGGAGAAGUGAGACUGAGAAAGAGUCAGGGCUUAAACCCACCCUCAGGCAGAUUCUUAGUGCUUCCCGGAGGAAUGUAAACUGGGAUCAAGUCAUCCAGCAGGUAACCAAGAAGAAACAAGAACUUGGCAAAGGUUUACCAAGGUUUGGCAUAGAAAUGGUGCCUCUUGUUCAAAAUGAGCAGGAGGGUCUAGAACUCAGUGAAGAGUCUGAUCUGUCUACUCUAGAAGGAUUCCAGUGGGAAGGAAUUUCCUUAGCAGUGCCUGGGUCAGCCAGAAAACGUAGCUUUUCUGAAAGCAGUGUGAUUGUGGACCGAAAUCCUCCUCCUUAUAGCUUCUUCAGUGACCAAGCCAAAACAAAAGAAAGUGAGCAAAGGCAAAUAAUUGCCUCCAGCCACUCUCAUCACUCAACAUCUGGGUAUGAAGCAAGUGCUGACAUUGAGGCUGACUUUAAACGUGAGACAUCUUCUCUUCCUUUGUCACCAUUUAUGUCUGAAAGAACUGAGACAAGUGGAAGGAGACAUAGCCUGCAGGUGUCCUCUGAGGUCACAGGCCUCACAAAACAAGAUCAGGAGAGUCCAGAUAAGAGAACACCUCUUCUUGAAAAACAAAAUGUAUUGGAAGUCUCAGGAGAAGAAAAUACUCUGGCUUCAGAUGGUGCUUCGGUUCUUGCAAUAUCUAAUAAUGUAGAUGCAGCUACAGACAGUAGCUGCACAUCUGGUACUGAGCAGAAUGACAGCCAAGGAAUUGGAAAGAAACGAAGAGCAACAGGAGAGGGAUCAUCUCCUGAAAUCCCCAGUCUAGAGAGAAAGAAUAAAAGAAGAAAAAUUAAAGGUAAAAAAGAACGUUCGCAGGUAGACCAGUUGUUGGCUAUCUCACUGAGGGAAGAAGAGUUAAGCAAAUCCCUGCACAGCGUGGACAGCAGCCUCUUGCAGGCUAGGGCUGCCCUACAGGCAGCAUAUGUUGAAGUUCAACGGUUCCUUGUAUUAAAGCAACAGAUCACCAUGGAAAUGAGUGCACUAAGAAGUCAGAGAAUCCAGAUCUUGCAGGGGCUACAAGGUAUGAGAAGCCAUGCAACUGCAGCAGAAACACUUGACCCUUCUGAACAGUUGGAGCAACUUCCCUGCAGCGUCUCAACUGAAAGAAGAAAUAGCAAAUCUCAGAUGGCAACUGACGUAAUUCCGGCAGGCUCCUUCUUGCCUCUUUUGGACACUUUGUCUCCUUCUGCACCUCCAUUGGGAGCGUCUGUCCAUGUAAACUCAUCAUUGCCAUUCCAGUCGUCUGCUAGCAUUACACCCACCACUCCUCCUGACUCCUCUGUGCAAGUUAAACGAGAGCCUGUCUCUCCAAAAAUUUCAGAAGAAAAUGUGAAUUCUGUGCUCCAGACCUCUUCAUGUGCUUCACAAGCAGAAAUGGUGGAGCGGAAGGAUGAAGAGAUCAGCCAGAAGACUUCAGUGUGUCCAGUUGUCUCUGCAACCGUAUCGCUAUCAGAGCUGACAGCUUGUUUCCAACACGCUAAUCAAGAUGUUCACAAGCCUGCUGCGGAGAGGGGAAAGGCCGGACUUGCUAAGAACCCUUCUCCUUCUCAUUCACCAUCUGGUUUUAGCAAGAGGGAAGCAAAUGAAACAGUGACUGAAAGCUUUUUGCCAGACCAGUGUAGCACUUCUCAGCCAAAUCAUUCAGUCCUUCCAGAAAUGCCAAUGGAUAAAAACCCCAAGUUGACAGCAGAACUGUGUGAACAACAGACAGCAACCACUCUAAUCCCAACAGAAAAAGGGAACAGGAGGAGGAGAAAGUUAAGGAAGAAGAAAACUCUGAGGGCAGUCCAUGUGCCGGAGAACAGUGAUACAGAACAGGACAUAAUUGACUCAAAGCCCAUCAGGAAAGUCAAGAGUGGAAAGUUCCCUAAAGGAGAAAAGGUUACUACAUCCACUCCUCCAAGACAGGAGGAUGGAGGUACUACUAUGCAGACAGCAAGAAACAAAGAUGAGAAUGGCAGUGAUACUUCUCUGGAACUAGUGGAAAUUGCAACCCCUCAGUAUGAGGUGGUUGACAUUGGUUCAUCGGAGUCGGGUGAUGAGAAACCAGACAGCCCAUCCAAGAGGGAUUCAUGCAGCUCCAUUGACCAAGGAGUCCUAGAGGCAUCUUGCUCUGGUUAUGAUGAAGUCAGCUCCACCAGUGAGAUUGGUACGAAUUAUAGGGAAGAUGUGAAAAAAAGUGUGGCUGAGACACAGACUUCCAUAUCAUCACUAAGAGGAUCAAAGAACUCUUCAGAAGCGUCUUCAGAGCCAGGUGAGGAUGAAGAACCUACAGAGGGGAACUUUGAAGGACAUCUGGCUGCAGUGAAUGCUAUUCAGAUUUUUGGGAAUUUGUUAUACACCUGUUCAGCAGACAAAACUGUUUGUGCCUACAAUCUGGUUAGCAGAAAGUGUGUAGCCAUCUUUGAAGGACACACUUCAAAAGUGAACUGCCUCCUAGUCACUCAGACAAAUGGGAAGAAUGCUGCGCUCUACACUGGCUCAAGUGACCACACUAUCAAUUGUUACAAUAUCAAGACCAAAGAAUGCAUGGAACAGUUUAAAUUGGAAGAUCGAGUGCUCUGUUUACACAGUAGAUGGCGGAUCCUUUAUGCAGGGCUUGCAAAUGGCAGCGUGGUUACUUUCAGCAUAAAGAACAACAAGCAAGUUGAUACCUUUGAAUGCCAUGGCCCUAGAGCAGUGAGUUGUCUAGCCACAGCUCAGGAAGGAGCACGCAAGUUGUUGGUAGUGGGCUCCUACGACUGCACCAUCAGCGUGCGAGAUGCUCGGAACGGGCUGCUCCUCAGAACGCUCGAGGGUCACAGCAAGACGAUACUCUGCAUGAAGGUUGUGAAUGAUCUGGUAUUCAGUGGCUCCAGUGAUCAAUCUGUCCAUGCUCACAACAUUCAUACUGGAGAGCUGGUACGGAUUUAUAAAGGCCAUAAUCACGCAGUAACGGUUGUGAACAUUCUGGGGAAAGUGAUGGUGACCGCCUGCCUAGAUAAAUUUGUUCGUGUUUAUGAACUACAGUCACAUGACCGCUUGCAAGUCUAUGGAGGCCACACAGAUAUGAUCAUGUGCAUGACCAUCCAUAAGAGCAUGAUCUACACUGGAUGCUAUGAUGGUAGUGUCAGAGCUGUGAGGCUUAAUCUGAUGCAGAAUUAUCGUUGCUGGUGGCAUGGAUGUUCCCUGAUCUUUGGAGUUGUGGACCAUCUGAAACAACACUUGCUAACUGACCACACCAAUCCAAAUUUUCAGACCCUAAAGUGUCGUUGGAAGAACUGUGAUGCUUUCUUUACUUCCAGGAAAGGUUCCAAGCAGGAUGCUGUAGGACACAUUGAAAGACAUGCUGAGGAUGACAGCAGGAUUGACUCAUGAAGCUUUUCACCUCCCACAUUGGGAAGUAAUUUUAUACAUCAGAAUUAUUCCAAAUAACAUCCAUUUCUUACUCCAAUCUUUCCUCUUUUCUUUUCCAACUUGGAAUGCAAAAUGGGAGUGGGGCUGAAAUGCCUUGCUACAGAGGCUGCAGGUUGUAUUGCACUCUGUAGAAAUAAGGCUAGUCUAUUAAGACUUGGCCCAAAUGGAAGAUUUUUGCAAGUUUUUAAUUCAUUGACAGAUAAGAAUAUCCCCCCCUCUUCUGCCUUGUUUUUUUUAAAGAAGCAUAUUCUGAGCGUCUUUUGGAAGUCCAGAGGGGUGUUGAAAACUUAGAUUACAAUAAUUGCUGGUGUUUGCAAACUCACCUUAAAAUCUGUAAAGUGUCUAGCUAAGACAUGUCUGUUUUUAUGUUGUAUCCAAUUUUUUAGCCAAUUUUAAUAAAAUUCUGCAAGUAGAAUAUCACAAAUUCUGACAAGUGUAACCUGAAUAUCCAGUGUAUGUUUUGGCUUUCUUCAUAAAAAGAAAAGGUAUUUUAUGGAGAACUAGAAUAAAUUAAUUGUUUUUUAAUGUUAACUGUAAUUUAUGCCUAUUUUUAUUCCUUGUCUAAAAAUUGCUAACUGGCACAAUAUAUACAGACUGCCCUCAAAAUUACACUUUGUAAGGUGUUUUUAGAGGAAAGCAGUCACUUCUUGAAGAGGUGUGCCAGUAGAAGUAAACCGACCAGAAGAGUGGCUACACUAACCCACUUAGUGAUCUUAGUCUCUUUAAAUAUAUGUACUUUUGUACAAGAAAGGAGAGACUAGUAUCAGCUCUUUUGUUUUACAGUCAAAUACCAGCAUAACCACUGCUAUCCUGAUACAACACGAGUUGGAUUCCUGAUUUUGUUUGGUAGUUCAUCUUGUCAAAUUGUUUAUCUUGUCAAUGAGAUCUGGUAUGGAAUCUUAAUGACUGACCUUGUAGUCCUGUCUCUUCAUGGCAUAGCAAGCUAUUAGAAAUGCAACGGCAUGAGGUGUCUAAGUGCAUCCACUUUGGUGUUUUGUUUCUGUUGUGAUGGAGCAGGAUUUUAGAGUCCAAAGUUCUCAAGCAGAAGCUGGGGUUACAAAAUGCACAUCACAUGGAAAAGAAUUGUUUCUACAAAUGCACAUAACGUACCACGGAGAAGCUGCUGCAGAUGGGAAGACUGUUUCUACUGCUCUGGGCUCCUCUGCAGUUGCCCCUUGGGGUGGCAAACUUAAUCUAAUUUGUCCAAAAAGGACAGUGAAACAUACUUCUUCCAUUUGAGGUGUUGUCUUAAAUAAUGAGACUAAUUUAGCAAAGAGCUUUUUGUUCACUUUUGCUUAACCUGCAGUUGAGAAUAAAAAAGCAGAGGUUGUUUCAAACUGUAUCCAGAAGGUAAAGAUAACCCAGCCUCCAAACUGAGCUGCUUAUAAAUUAAUCCAGUGCUUUUCAAGCAAGUAGAGUGUACUCAUUUCGCUGGGGCUGAGCCUGAGGCUCAGACAUGCCAGCCACAGACCACAUACAUUUUAUAGCCUUGUUCUUUGAUCACAAAGAAGCCUUUUUAGGCCAAGAAGGUGACUGAGGGAAGCCCAUGGGUGUUCUGCUCUGCCACUAAACAGGACUUCAGGGCCUUCUCUGAAGCACGCUGUUUGUAUGCUGUCUCGGCUGAGGAGUAUAACUUCUCUGCAGUUACUUGACCUUGAUAGCUUUUCUUCUCAAGAGGCAGGGGUAAAGUAGGAGUGAGAUACAAUAACGUCCUACUUCAAACCCAGAGGAAUCCUUGCGGUUCCAAAGCUCCUGUGGUGUUUUUUUCAUUUUGUGGGAGUUUUUUUGUUAAACUGUUUGGGAGUAGAGGAAAGAAAAACAGUAUGUGACUCAGACCUUGUGUGAGAGAGUUUUAGUUUUAUUUUUUUGUGGGUUGUUCUUUUUUUGGGGUUGUUUUUUGGUUUUAUUUUGUUUUACCAUGGUCUGUGGAUGAAGCAAUUUAAGAGAUGAUCAAGAUCAGGGCGAUCGCUGAGCGGUGUAGUUGUUUUCUGAGGCAGGCUGUAUUGCUCUAGGGUCACCCAGAAUACUUUUUUUAUUUUUUCUUUUUAAUGACCUAAACGCAGAAGACUGUGCAAGACCUAUAAACCAUUUCCAAAACUAUUGAUAUUUGCGAGUUUUUGAACCGUAAAGAGGGGGCAUGUAAAGGCGUGGAUAAACAGAGUGAACUUUUCAAGCUGUCCUUUGCAGAGGUGAACGAAGCGCGGGUGGGCAGCUGUGUGCUCUGAGAACAAGCGUGUGGAGCGUUUGUGUUGUUCUGAAAGCUGGUGCGUGAGGGUAGAUCUUAUUCCUUUUUCCUUGCAGUUCUUCAUGUUCUUUCAGCUGAUGACUGUUUUCAGGAAUGAGUACAGAUCCUUCUCGUUAAGUGUUGCAACAGAUAAAGUUAUUACACUUUAUUUGCAUUCUUGUUCGCUUAUUAGGUUUAUCUUUUGUAGUUGGUAUAAGCAGGCUUCCCUUUCGUAUAGUCCAUUUCAAGGUAUCCAAGAUAUUUCCUUAUCUGUCCUUGAAAACAGGCCUCCCCCAAAGGCUGGACUUCUGAAAUCCAGCUUUAGCUUUAGCCGUGGUGUCUUGUUAUUUGCUAGGUCUUACUAGAUAUAUCCUCAGAAUCUUAAACUGAGUAAGAGGCAGGGAAAUUGCAGAGCUGGAUGGAUGUGUAUAAAAAUUCUGCUUCAUAAGUAAAAAUUACUUGGGGGUUCAGAGGAAAAUGCUGUGCUGCUUUGUUGUCCUGAGGAUAUCUUGAAAGGAUUUGCCACGAAGCUGUCCUGCAGAUGUGAAACUCCCUAGACUUCUUUGCAGUUCCUGUUUGUUCAGCUGGGAUUGCACGCAGCUUUCCUUACUGGCUGUUUGCCUCUUCUAGAGGCAAUUGCAGACAGUAGCUGGUAAGCUAGUGUAUUAGCUGCAGAGCCAUUAAUCAGCUAUGCUCUCCCGUCUUGCAACUUAUUUAGGAUUCUGGCUUCUGAGAUACCUCCAGUCAAAGAAAGAGUGGAAUAACUUUGGGAAUGGGGAAUAUUUCUAAACCUUGGCGAGAGUAAUAUUUGCAGGAAAAGCAGUACAGCACAUCCGAAGCCUGAAUUCAAGACUGUUGUUGUUCUUUAUGCAAGUAAAACGUGGGUAGAAGAGUGAGUAGAAGGGGAUUUAUUUUGUGUUUAGCUGAGGUUUGGGGGAUUUUUUUUUAAUUAUUCAAAUGCUAAUUAAUAAGCUCUGGACUUAGUGUAUGGCUGACUAAAUAUGGCAGUCCUGUGGGGUGCAGGCCACCAUUUUCCUCUCAGCAGUACUGACAUUGUGUUUAUUAAGCUAGGACCCUCCUUAGAGGAUAUAAAGUGCUCAGAGCUACUGUACUUUGUUUUGAUCUAAAGAAUGGGCCUUGAGUUACUUACAUUGGUUAUAUGCUUCUCUUCAAAAGUGUGAGAACUGAUUGUGUUAUCUGUAUACCAUAUCCUAUCCAAGCUCAAAGAGGAGGGCCCCAGUAGCAUAAAAGUACCACGUAAGCCUGUUAUGUGGCACGAAGCUUAACCUUCCCUACCACCAGUUUCUCCACAUGUAUUGAAUCAUAGGAUAACGCUAACAGUGGCCUAUAUGCUUUAUUCCUUUUUUCUUCAAAUCACAGUGAAAAAUAACAGCUAACUGACAGUGCAAUACUGUGUGGCCUAAUGCUGCUUCUUCAGAUAUACACUAGUGACUUUUGGUCAGCGAGGGGUAUUUCUGAAGUAGACAAGGGACCGCCAGCCCCUUGUCUGUAUGUGGAAAGGGCCGGAGGGAAAACUGUCAGAUCUCUUGGUACGAAGGUGCGUCAAGUGCCCCAGCUUCUGUUUGCCGGACAGAACUUGUGUGGAUUGCGGAUUAUUUAAAGAUGCAUUGUCAAAGCGUGAGUUGACUACAAAAUAGCAGGGGUUUGGUUGUGCAGUGUAUUUGAAGCAGUGCAGUUUUAAAUGCACAUUUUCAGACUGUACACUCUAAUAUUGCUGGAUCAAGAUGUUCAAUAAUUGAAAACUCUUAACUUGCAAUAAAUGGUAGGUUCCCAGGGAUAAAAACGUCGUAUUGAGAAAAUGCUGUUUCCUCUUUUAAUUAAAACACAGGUACAGAUGAAUCCCGGUUUUCAGGAUUUGUAUGGUACUAUCACACACAGUCUGUUGUCCAGAAUUGCAGAAAAUGUAAGGAAGGAUAAUGAAACAGUUUCAGCUAUUGUUUGUAAAAUAUUUCCUAGUGAAAGUAAAGAGCAAACUUGUAUAGGUAAUGUUUUUGUUAUAUGCACCUGCCAGCUUCUUGGUUUCAUUUUGCUGUAAGUGGUAAACAGGCUUUUUGAAGAAUGAAAGUGGAAUAAAACAACAUGAUUGAGUAUUUAAUAAUUUAAACUGUGUAGAACAUGUGCACAGGUUGACCAUGUUUUCCUCUUUCAUUUUGGUACAAAGCUGUGAGCGUAAUAAUAAAACUUCGU